AUGGCAGAGGGUAAGGCACCCGCGGCGCCGGCGCCUGCGCCUGCUGGGGCUGCACCCGCAGAUGCUGCACCUGCGACGAAUCCGAACAAUGCCAGAGCAAGAAGGCCCAAGAAAAAGACCGCACCAAAGAUAGUGAGAUGUAUGGACUGUGGCUGUCCAAUUCAAACCAUUCUGCUUCCUGGAGGGGGCUUUGCAGAAGGGUGUGAAGAAUGUUGGAAAGACGCAGGCUACAAGGGGACUCCACCUUGCAAUGUGCAGAAGAGCCGGUAUGCAGAGAAGGCCCAAAAGCAGCUGGAAAAGGCACAAAAAAGAAAGGAUCAGAAAACUCCAGCCGAGGUGGAGGCAGAGAGACGGCAGGCAGCGCGUCAGGAGAAGCUGGAAGAGAUCAGAGCUAAAUCGCCCUUGAAGCAAGCACUUUUCAGCCUGAUUCAACACAUUGAGGACCAAGGACUCUCUGAGCUCGAACUUUUCCAUGAGAUCGAUCAGAAUGGUGAUGGCAUUCUCACCAGAAGUGAAAUGGCAGCCGCCUUGAGGCGCUUGGGCUGUCCCCUGUCACCGGCAGAGCUGGAUGGUGUGCUACGCUGCUUUGAUGCUGAUGGUUCUGGGAGCAUUGACUUCGGGGAGUUCUACCAGAUUCUGAAGGAUGAGUGUGACAGCAUGGAGAUGAAGGAAGCAGAACAAGACGACCCGCGACUUUGUGGCUUUGAAAUUGGGGACCGAGUACGGCUAAAAGGCCGCCUGCUUUCAGAGUUGUCAGGUGCGUCUUUGUUAAAGGAUGAUUUGGACGUAACGACCGGGAAGGUGAUGGGACCAGGGAAGAAGCAGGGCAUCAUUAUGAUAGCACUGGAAAAGAAUGGUGAAGAGAUGACCGUCAAGGCCUCCCUACUGCAAAAGCUCUCGGCAACCAAAGGCCAUCAUCACGGAUGUAUGUGUGAGGUGUGCUUCCUCGAGUGCUAUGGAACCGAUUACUAUGGGUUUGCUCCAGAUGAUCAGGAGAACCCUUAUUUGCCCCAGCAGGUGCCGUCACCGGCCUCUCGUCCGAGGAAAUCUAAGAUGAUGAAACAGGAUGAAACAGGAUGA